CACGUGAGUGGUGUACGGAAGAAGCUAUGCUGAUCAUGGAAGCGGCUCUGGAGCAGCAUUUGGAGGAUACGAUGAAAAAUCCAUCCAUUGUUGGAAUCAUAUGCACUGACUCGCAAGGUUUGAACUUGGGGUGUUGUGGGAGCUUAUCUGAUGAGCAUGCUGGCAUAAUUUCCAUACUUCCCCAGCUGGCAGCUAAACUUGCUGCGGACCACACUGAUGUGCCUGUUGUUUGUUUGGAAUCGGAUUCUAGAACCAUCAUGAUUCAGACACAUGCCCAGCUGACUGUGGCUGUCCACAAAAUGUCCUCCUAAAGCAUUUCUGCGUGAAGACUGAAUAUGACUUU